GCGGAGGCGCUCCAAGCGGAGGCGCAAGUUUGUAGUCUGCGGCUGGACGCUUUUUUUAGGCCCAAGUUCGGCGUCUGCGGCUGGACGCGCAGGCGCCGCGGACAUUUCAGCAUGUACGGGGUGGCCCCGCAAACGCUGCAUGCUCACGGGCUCGGCAAUGAUCAAGCGGAAGCGGCGCCUAUGAUCUGGUACAUGCCGCUGAACAUGGGUUACCCAGGGCUGAAGCGCAUUCACGAGCAGCCUCCCAUCUACGUCUGCCACGACUUCUUGAGCGACGACGAGUGCGCCGCUUUGAUGCAGGUGGCCACGCCGCUGCUGCAGCGCUCCAAGACGCACGCGGUCGCCGGCUCCGAGGCGACGCGCGGGCGGACGUCGCUGACGUGCCACCUGUCCAAGAAGGCGGACCCGUGCCCCGCCCUCCUCUCCAAGAUCCAGGCGCUCACCGGCAAGCCCUUCGACCACAUGGAGCUGCCGCAGGUCGCGCGCUACACCGAGGGGCAGCGGUACGUCGAGCACUACGACGGCGUCGACCCGCACACGACGGCGGGCAAGGCGUUUUGCGCGAGCGGCGGGCAGCGGAUCGGGACGGUGCUGAUGUACCUCAACGUGCCCGAGGGCGGGGGCGGCACCUUCUUCCGGCGGCUCAACCUCGAGAUCAAGCCGAAGAAGGGGAUGGCGGUCAUCUUCUUCCCCGGCUUCCUCAACGGCGAGCUCGACCUCGACGCGCUGCACGCGGGGCUGCCUCCCGUCGGCACAAAGUGGGUCUCGCAGGUCUGGAUCCGCCAGUCCUUCCGCGAGGACGGACAGCCGUCCCAGCCCGUCGACGCGGCGGAGCAGACCCUCGUCGGGCCGCUGCACGAGGGCAUGUACCGCGGGCACUGCCUGGCGGGCGACGACGUGCACGUCGCCUGCAUGACCUUCGCCGAGGCCAAGGCGUGGGCCGCGGCGCACCCGGGCGUCGCCGGCUUCACAUUCCAGCACCCGGAGCGAGAGCCUGCGGUGCCGGUGCGCGUCUGGUUCAAGUCGCGCAUGGCGGUGCUCUACAACGAGGAGUGGUGGUCGUGCUCGGUCGGGCAGUAGUCUCUAGGGAGAGGGACCGGGGGUAGGACAGGGGACGCCAGCGGCAAUCCCGACACGCAAAGCAAGCAGAUACGGGCUCUUCCCCACGCCUUGAGGUUGGUCACUCGACGCUGCGUGCGUGCGGUGGCCAGUGAGUGGUGUGCGAGUGUGCCAGCGGAAUAGGUUAGGGCGUGCGGGAUGCGCAGGGCGGUAUCUUGGGGGGCGGUGUCAGUCUGUGGUGUGUGCUGUGGGUGUCCCAGCCGUUGACUGUUGCUGUUGGGGCCGCACACAGCCACAGCGGGGCGCCGGUUAUGUGAGAGCGGUCCGCGUGCCCGAGAGUGUAGCUGGGGACACUGGGUCGAGAGUAGGGGGGGGAGGGGUGCGAGUCUGCAGUCAGAAUGGCAUGAUAUCAUAUCAGGGGGUAACUCUGACCUCACACGACUCACGAGGGAAACUCUAGACCGGUGGAGAUAUGGAAAAAUGGCCAUAUAC